UCCCCAUUCUCCACCACCUGCUAAUUCUCGUCUUCUCCAAUUCACUUAAAAUCCAGAAUAGGUCUCUAGAUCUAUGGCAUCCCCAUCCAAUAACCCAAAAGACAAAACGAGUCUCACAAAGAAGAUUACAGGCAGAGUUCCCAUGUUUAUCACCAAAGAAGAUUUGGACUCCAUUCUUCCACACCAAAAUCUAAUCGAGCACUUCCAAUCAUCUCUUUCUAUCGUCUCCCCCACAAUUUCCAGCCCAAUGCGUCAAAGCCAUACCGUUCAGCCCCAUUCCUCUCUCCUCCUCAUGCCCUCUUGGUCUUCUUCUCCAGCUCUUCCCUACAUAGGCGUCAAACUUGUAACCCAUUUCCCCCAAAAUUCCGCCUUAAACUUACCUGCAAUUCAUGCAAGUUACUCGCUCUUUAGCUCCACCACCGGCCAAACUCUGACCUCUAUGGACGGCACUACCUUGACUCUUUACAGAACCUCUUGUAUCUCUGGUUUAGCUGCGAAAUAUUUAGCCAGGCCUGAUAGCAGGGUCAUGGUUAUGGUGGGUGCGGGUGCUUUGGGACCCCAUUUGAUCAAAGCACAUUUGGCUGCGAGACCCAGUGUUAGGAAAGUGAUUAUUUGGAACAGAACGGAGGAAAGGGCAAAAGUACUAGCCGAUGAGAUGCGGAAAAAUGCAGGGAUGGAUGGUCUGUGCUUCGAGAGUACUGGAAAUCUGGAUGAUGCGAUCUCGGUGGCGGAUAUUGUGAGCUGUGCAACGAACUCAGAGGUUCCCCUGGUCAAAGGUGAUAAGUUGAAGGCUGGGGCGUACUUAAAUUUGGUGGGGUCGUUUAAGCAUUCAAUGAGGGAGUGUGACGAUUUAGCGAUCAAGAGAGGAAGGGUUUUUGUGGACAGUGAGGAAGCGUUGGAGGAGGCAGGGGAGUUGGUGGGGGCUUUGGAAAGAGGGGUCAUUGAGAAGAGGAGUAUUUUGGGGAAUCUGGUGGAUUUGAUCAAAGGGGAGGUUGUGGGAAGGAGGAAUGAGGAUGAGAUUACUGUGUUCAAAUCUGUUGGGUCUGCAGUGUUCGACCUUGUUGCAGCCCAGUUCGCAUACGAGAGAAGCAUCUGAGAGCGCUCAUAACAGGUGAGAUUGCUCUUUACCUCUUGCUUUUCUCCAUCCGGAUUUUUCUCUUUAAUUUGCUUUAGAUUCAAUCCUUAAUCCUAAAUUGUCAAAAGGACUCGUUCCAUAAUUUGCUUCUUAAAAAAUAAAAAUUCUAACCCGUCGAGGAUU